AUCUUAUUCAAUUCUAACCUUUAAUAGGUGCAUUUUGGCUCCUGAUAUUUUGUAUAUUUGUUAAAAUACUAUACUUUUUUAAGAUUGUAUAAACGACAAAUUUAACUGAAACAAGCUACAACACAGUUAUUAAUUUUUUGUUAUUAUUUUAUUUAUAACUUUUCUGUUAUAUUUGUCUUUAUAAAUAAUUUAUCAAUGACAUAACAGUUUGAAUAAAACUUUUAGUUGUCGAUUUCGGUGAAGUAUUUUGUUAAUGUUUUUCUUUCUUGCAUUUAUGGAAUUUGGGUAGAAUUGUACAGUGUAGAUUAUAAUGAAUUAGAAAAAUUUUAAAUAUGUAUAAAAUAUUUUUGUCUUCAUAUGACCUUUUUACUUGAGUGUAAGUAUUAGGUCAUCCCAUAAGUUCGUGCCGACUUCUGUGUAUACAUUUCAUGUGUCAAUUUAUAAACAUACGGCGAUAAGGGACCAAUGCACUUGAAAAAUGGGAAGAAGUUGUACAACGAGAGGGGGAUUACAUUUUUUCAUGAAACUGAAAGUUAUGCCUAUAUCAGAAGAAGAUUUGAUAGCUGCCAAGGUUCCUCCAGAAUAUAGAGAUUAUUGUGCUGAUGUUUUUUUGGAAUAUAAUCGUUGCUUUAUAAAAAAGUUUCCUUUUGUAGUACUCUGUGCUGAGGAAGCUCACAAGUAUCAAGAAUGUGAAUAUAAUGACGAUGUUUUAAGGGCCAAAGAAUAUGAAAGAGAACGUAGACUUCUGGUCAGAGAACGCAGGAGACAGAGGGCUAUGGAAGCAGUAACAGCUUAAACUCCACAUUUACUGAAUAUUGUUUACAUUUAGAUUAUACAUAUGUGAAUAUAGAUGAUAUAUACAUGAAAUUUGCUUAUAGAAGAGUGAUUAUAAUAAAGAGUUUAAGGUAUAAAUUGGUAAACAAAAA